CGCGGUAGGCUCCGACUGACUGACUGACUGACUGACUGACUGACCGACCGACCGCCGCCCGCAGCCGAGCCGGGGGUGGCGGGUCCUCCGGGGCAGGGCCGGGUUUGGGGUGGCUGAUGCGGAGCACAAACAAUGUGUUUCCAACACUGGGAGUAAAAAUCUUCUGGAUAAGACAUUAUGAAAAAGAUAUUCCAAGGUCUAAGGAGCUGCGUGGUGACAUAGACUCCAAGAUCUAACUUCUAGCACAAGUACAACAAAAAGCAUGGAAGGAAAGAAGAAAGAGGAGAAACCAGAAGAGCAACUUACAGAUCCUGAAUCAGCUUUCCUAGAAGCCUUACUAGAAUUUCAAAUUGAGACAAAAGAAGCAGCAAUUGAUCGGGUUUUGUUUGAUCUGAAACAAGUGGAAAAGAAGAACAAAGAAUAUCAUGAAAGAAAUGACCUUCUGAAGGAAGAACAGCAGGCACGCAUCAGGCAGAUACUAAGACAAAUAGAAGAAGAGGAGAAAGAACAAGAUAAAAAGGAGGUUGUAACUAGGGAUGAUGUGGAAGAGUCACUGAAAGCAAUAUGGCAGUAUGUUAAGGACAAAGAACAACUUCUGAAAGAUCUGCACUCCCAGAUCGAAGAAACUGAGCAAAGACUUUCAGUAAAGCAGAGUGAGAGGGAUUAUUGGUUAGAGUACAAAAAUGUAGGAAGUAAAGCACAGGCCAAGAGGAUUAUGAAUCUGGAAAAAGAGAUCAAGGAAGUCAAAGAUGACCUUCAAACGGCUACAGAAUAUUACAGAAAUGCUUUGAAAGCAUUGAAAGAAGACAAUGACAGACUGGUUGAGAGGCAUAUGGAGUUAAGUAAGGAACAGGCCCCUGAGAAAGCUGUAAGAUACUUAGACAAAAGCAGUCGCAGAGAAAUUCAAGAGAAUGAAUGGCUAAAAGAAGAGGUUCAGGUAUAUCAAAAGGAAGUAAGUGAUUUGAAAGCCUCUAUUCAGCUUCUGGAAGAAGAAAAUAUUGGUUUAGUGACAAAACUGAUUGAUGGCAGACUUCAGAAUCUGAGAGUGCCCAGGCAUUUGUUUCUUACCCAGAGAGCUGGCUUGCAAGAUGAAUUUCCUAAGGAUGAAAUGAAAGAAGUAGAAUAUAGAGAGUACCCAGCACAUACAGAUGGAGAUGAAAGCCUCAGAAGUGCCACAGUCCCCUGCCAGAAAAAAACCACCUUUUGGAAGAUUCAGUCUAAAACAGAGAACGAGAAGCCUCAAGACAGUGAUGAGGAGCUGUGGGAAAAGUUAUUCACUCCAACUCUUGAUAGCUUGUUGCAUGAAGAUGAAAAAGAUUUCCAGGAAUACUUAAAACUGGGUCCUCUGGAGACAAAGCUAAUGUGUGUGGUUGGAAGAGCCAUGCCUAUUCAUAAAGAACCAAAAGAAAUGCCAAGCAGGAGCCACAAAGAAGAUGGCAUGAUUGGUAAAUCAGAUGGGCACAUCACAGCUCAGAUGAUCAAGGCCUUAUCUAAAGAAAAGGUUGGUUAAAAAUAGGCAAGCUGUGCUGUUAACAUAGAAAUGUAACAUUCUCAGUUCGUUAAAUAUUUGCUCUGUUCUUCAAGGAGCAUGUGGCACUGGGCUUUGUGGAAACUGUUUUUGAGUGCAUGAGUCGUGAUUUACACAUACGAGUUUAAUGAGAGGUAUAUGUGCGUGCAGAUGGCUAAUUGAAAGGUUCCUUUCCUCACCACUGUGAGAACUCUUGUGCGCUUUUUGGGCUUCUCAGUCCGCGUAGCUGCACAUAUAUCUAAUAAAGGAUCCAAGUUAAUAUUUAGUUUUUGUGGUUCCCACUUGCAGACUAUCAAAUGUGGAAUUCCCUCUUGAUCAGACACUGAAUGGGUAGAUGCAGGCUGCUAUAAAAUGUAGAACUGUUACAAAAUACUUAUUACUUUCCUAAAGCAGAACCUAAUUUAUCCAAGCAUAAUUCAACUACUGCUAGAAAUUCAAUGUUUGAAUGCAUUUUAUCUGUCUCCAUAAACCCCAACUUAAAUGUAU